GCGUCGGCGUGUGUCAUCUUUUGGCUUAGUCACUGCAGUCAGCAACAAUUAGACGACGAGGCAACUGGACAUGUAAGAAUUCAUACAGGCCGACGAAGACCUCAAUCUGAUGUUAAUACGCGUCACUUAUUACUUGCAUGGAUUGGUAAUAGAUAACGAACAGUCCAACGGGUAGCUGUGCCGCUUUGCUAUAAGUACGAAGAUAAUGUAUGAUAUUGACCACUCUCGCCAAACUUCUUUCCAACAACUCAUUCCCAUCGCCGCGCAAAGUUUUACUCCCAGUAGACAAUCAUGCAUCUCAGACUAUUGAAGAGGGAUGACUUGCCCGCUCUGGCUGAUCUCGGAACUGAAGCAUUUCGUGAUGACAGUUUACAAACCAUACUUUUUCCUCCCGAAGCUGUCGCAAAUGGUUCCCUCCGUCGAAGUAUCAAUCUACGCAUACGAAAACGUCUUGUUGAAGCCGGCACGCAUUGUUAUGUCUCGAUGAGCGAUGAGGAUGAUGAAUUCUGGUCUGGUACCCCUGAGUUGCUUGGCUACGCUUUUUGGACGAGAGUGGGAAAGAGCGAAGCGGCGAAGAAGUGGCAAACUGAUACUUUAUUUUCGAAAUUGGAAAGAACGUUGAUAGGAGCAGAAAUGUGGUAUUCUGAAUACUUCCUUGAUCGCGAUCGGCCUUGGGAUAAAAUCCAUUACAUGAGAAAUCUAUCGAUUGAUCAUUUUGGAUCGAUUCCAGAGUAUUUGGAGUUAGCUGCAUUAGCAGUGCAUCCUAAAUUUCAUCGUCGUGGUAUUGGUGGAAUGAUGCUCAGAUAUGGAAUUGAUUUGGCUCAAAAAGAACAAGUUCCCCUUGUACUCGAAGCUUCUCGUGCUGGAACUCUGCUAUAUACGAAAAAUGGUUUCAGAGAAACUGGAAGAACAGAAAUGUUUCCGGAAGUGAUAGUAGUCGCUAUGCAAUUAGAUCCAAAAAUUUGAUUGUCUAUCGAUUGGGGGGUUGAAAAGAAUUAGAUAUGUUUAGUGACCAUGUAUUUCAUGGAAGACCUCUUGGCUAGCAAUCUAUUUCUCCUUCUAUACUUCUUGAUUGCAUUGCAAUAUUUCUCCAACCACCAUUAGUUUGUCAAUUCACUCUCACAAAAGCUUCUUGGAUGGAAGGUCCGAAUAUGCCAGCUUUAGACUCUAGCUACAAUUUAUACUUUAAGAAUUCCGUCACACAAGCUCGGUGAUGUCUCCAUCUAGAAUACCACCGAUAGCCUUUUAUGUUUUUUUAAGCA